CCCCCCGUCGCACUGUAAAUAAAUCGAAUCGGAAUAUUUUCAACCAAUUUUUAGCGAAAAAUAAAAAUUGCAAGUAAAAUACAAUUGUUCACUGUUUAAUUCGGUCACGCCAGUGACCUAGGCCACCCGGCGCCUAGUUCGAUGCAAUGUAAGACCACGCUGGGCCAAAGCAAAGCUGGCAAAAUCCGGAUGUAAAUAGUACCCAUUGGCCGUGAGCUGCUGUUGAAAAUUUGCAUACAAAAAAAAAAGUGGAGCUGCUGCGAAAGCAGCAAUUAAAAUGCAAAAAAUGUACGCGCUAUUGGCAACCUUGACAUUCUGGAUAAUCACGUUGCGAUCACCGCUUCAAUCCCAACAACUGCACAUACCGCCGCCAGCGCCAUGCGAUCGAAGUCGCAAAGUAUUCACCGAACCCUACGGCGAGAUCAGCGAUGGCCCCUCCGGCUUCAACUACACACAGGACUCGCACUGCGAAUGGCUGAUCAAGGCCAAGAACGACAGUCAGUAUAUAACAUUGACAUUCCACAGCAUGGGCACCGAGUGUUCCUACGAUUACAUUUACGUGUACGACGGCGAUUCCUUCAAUUCCACGCUGCUGGGCAGCUUCAGUGGUCGUACACAGCCCCAGCGACUGGUGGCCCGCAGUGGCAGUAUGUUAAUUCUGAUGUACAGCGAUACCAACUAUGUGCUGGAUGGGUUUCGCGCUUCAUAUUACAUAUCAAAUUGCUUGAACAACUGCCACAACCAUGGCAAGUGUAUUGGCCAUCAGUGUGUGUGCCACGGCGAGUGGGUGGGCCCCGACUGCGAGGACGAGGCCUGCCCGCAGAAGUGUGGCGAGAGCCAGGGUCGCGGCAAGUGCCAGAAGAGCAUAUGCCACUGCUCACCGGGCUACAGUGGCCGCUUGUGUGAUCUCAGCGAUGAUCCGCAUGGCAACAGCUGGCGCUGGCUGGCCACCGAUGCCGAGGGCAUGACGCCGCGUGCAGCACACACCGCCGUGUACCUCGAGGAGGAGGAUGCUCUCUUCGUAUUUGGUGGCUAUGAUCUAAACAAUGUGAUAAGCACACUGCAGAUCUACCGCUUCAGCACUAGUCAGUGGGAGGAUGAGUGGGGCAUUGCCCUGCAGAGUCGCCGGCACUUUUAUCAUCCGCAAAAGAUCGAUCACACGCUGCUGAAGGCAGUGCUGCAGCACAAGAACGAGGAUGAGGCCAAGCUGUGGGGCCUCAAUAGCGAUGUGAGCUUCUUUCGGAACAUUCUGUACACGCUGGCGGAAUCGAAUCUGCAUCAGAGACGCACACGAUCCUCCCUGCCGCUCACCAUAGUCAAUGCCAAUUCCACCGAUGAGGAACUCAACGAAUAUCUCGAGGAUAUUCUCGAGGAGGUCACCGAUCACAAGCCACACGGCCGCUAUGGCCAUGCAGCGGAUCGUGUGCCGGGCGGCUUCGUCAUCUUUGGUGGCAAACAUGCCAAUGGCAGCUUCUACAGCGAUCUCUGGCAGUACAAUAAUACGGAAAAUGGCGGCAAGUGGAAACAAAUGGCCAUCAGGUCGCAUCUAAAGCCACCAGCAGUGGCCAGGCACACGCUGAACACGGCCCGGGAUCAUUUGUAUCUGUUCGGUGGCAGCCUAGAGACGGGAGAGUUCUCCUCGAGCAUCUACCGCAUUGCUCUGCCCCUGUCGGAGGACUCACAGUGGCAGCUGGUCAAGCCGAGAGGUGGCAAAACGUUGGACGUACGCCUGGCGGCUCACUCGACCGUCUACUACAGGGCGACACAUUCGCUGAUUGUGUUUGGUGGCAUUAUGACCAGCCUGGCGCGCUUCUCCAAGCUCUCGGAUCGCAUAUUUGCCUUUCAACUGGAUCAGCUACACUGGACGGAAAUACUAUAUCCACGCACAGCGCUGCGCGACACGAAUAUACCCAGAGAGAGGGCCUUCCACACGGCCACCAUAUCGGGCAACUACAUGAUUGUCUUUGGCGGCUACACGCAUCGGCACAACAAGGACGAAAUCUGCUACGAUAAUCAGAUGUACUGGUACCAUUUGAGUUGCCACAUUUGGAUCAAUCAGGUGGUGUCCGCCGAGGACAGCUUGUACCCCAAGGUGCAGGGUGUGUUUGCCCAGGCGGCGGCAUUGCGGCGCAAUCAUACGCUGCUGAUUGUCGGCGGCUAUCAUGGGAAUGUGAAUGCCGAUCUGUUUGCCUACGAGCUGCCGCAGGUGCUGCGAGUGGAGAAUGUGCUGUACAAUCCGGAGGUCUCCUGCCGCUUGCAUCCCUCGCACACGGCCUGCCUAUCGAAUCCAGAGUGCGGCUGGUGCUCGGCAGAUAGCAGCUGCUACGGGCGCACCAUCGGCGCCAAUUGCACAACCAAUCUGCAGACAACGCGAUGUCCGGGCAUAUGCCCAUCGCUGGGCGAUUGCCACUCCUGCCUGGUGCAUGGCUCCGGCUCUGGCGGCGGCAAGGCCUUCUCGGUGACAAGCAAACUGGGACUCAACGAGUGCACGUGGUGUGUGCAGAACGCCAAGUGCCAUCAUCGGGACGAUAACUACGGCAUCUGCGGCGAAUCCACUGGCUGGUGGGGCGACCAAGGCACGGAGAUACGCACACCCACACUCUGCACCAUCAACGAUCGCAGGCCGGGACUGACUUACAUCAAAUAUCAUUAUCCCAUCAACUAUACCAUGCCCGACUAUGUGGGUAUUGUGAAUGCCACCAUGGUGGACUUCUCCUCGCCGCCCUUCACGACCCACUUUGAGCAGAAGCUGGAGGGCGAAAUGCUGGCGCGACUCGUCGGGUUCGUGCGACCCAAGCAGCAGUGGAACAACUCGGCCAUGCAGGUGUGCAGCAGCUACUCCUCAUCGCUGCUGAGACUCGGACUGGGCCUGAAUCUCGAUGAGCUGGUGAAUGUCACCGCGCACAGCUCCAAUCAAUCGUACUGCAGCAACGUGCCGCUGCCCACCACAGAGAUGCCAUUCCUCAUUGACUUUCAGGCGCGGCGACGCAUCGGCUUGAACAGCAUCUACAACACGUACCAAAAGACCAAAAUGGAGCUACAACAUCUGCAUGGCGGCCAGCUGAAUGCGUUUACCUUUGAGUAUUUGGAGCCUUAUUACUCGGGACACUGCACAAAGUAUGAGAAUUGUUUGCACUGCCUCACGGAUGCCUCCUGCUCGUGGUGCCCGCUCACCGCCAAGUGCCACUUGAGGUCUGUCAAUGAGUCGGCGGUGUGCACGGAGCCCACGGAUGUCAGCCACUGGUCGUAUCUUAUAAGCAAACCCGCACAGUGUUCGAACUGCAGCAACUAUGUGAGCUGUGAGGCGUGCGCUGCCAGUGGCCUGUGCGAAUGGUGGACAGAGGAUGCACGUUGCGGUCGCAUUGGCAAGUCCAACAGCAGCGUGCGCGCCAUCGAGCAGUGCCCGAGAUCCUGCCGCGAGCGUCAAGGCUGCCAGGAGUGUCUGGGCGAGCGUGGGCGUUGUGUGUGGUGCGAGGCGAGUGCCCAGUGCUUUAGUUUUGCAGUGUACACCAGUGAGUACCAGUUUGGCAUGUGUCGCGAGUGGAUGGAUCAGGUGGUGCCACGGCAACAGGAGAAAGUAGCAGCAGCAGCGGGAGCAGCAGCCACAGAGGAAGAGCAGCAGCCAUCGCCGCCAGCCAUCCAACAGCAGUGCAAAUCCUGUGAACAGCAUCGCAAUUGCUCCGCCUGUCUGCGCACACUCAGCUGUGGCUGGUGCUUCGAUCGCGACAAUCCCAUCGAGGGCAUUUGUAUGCAUGGCGACUUUAGCUACAGCGCCGGCAACUGCUCGCUGGCCCUCAACAGCUCCUCGCAUCAUGAUGCCGAGUGGGCCUAUGCCCAGUGCCCGGAUGUGGACGAGUGCGGCCUGGGACUGCACGAUUGCCACAAGGAGGCCAAGUGCACCAACACCCAGGGCAGCUACAAUUGUCACUGCCGCAGGGGCUAUGUGGGCGAUGGUCGUUUCAGCUGUGUGCGCACCUGCUUUGAGCUCUGCCAGAAUGGUUUCUGCUCCGGUCCGCCCGACUACAGCUGCCGCUGUGACUUGGGCUGGACGGGCAGCGAUUGUGGCUUGAGUUGCGGCUGCAACAAUCACUCAACGUGUGCCGAGCGGCUGGGCAAGUGCGACCAGUGCCAGGCGUGGACCGAGGGCGAACGCUGCGAGCGAUGUCGCCAGGGCAGUCAUGGCAAUGCCACCGCCCCGCAAGGCUGUCAUCCGUGCGAGUGCAACGGGCAUGGCAAUCAGGAUUUGGGCAUUUGCAAUGUGAGCAACGGCGAGUGCUACUGCAAGGACAACACGCAGGGACUCAAGUGCGAUGCGUGUGCAGCCGGCUACUAUGGCGAUCCGCGGGACGGCGGACAGUGCUACUAUCAGUGCGAGUCGCGUGGAAUACUCUCGAAUAUUGGUCGCAGUGCCAUUGGCUCGUAUCAGGCCUAUCGUUCACCCUGGGGCGCCAGUCUGGAGGUGAAGGAGUGCCUCUGGAUUCUACAACCAAAGACGCUGCAGGCCGAAAAGUCACUGCUGCAGUUGGAAUUUCAGUGGCAAAGCCUGGCCAUGGACUGUGACGAGAAUGCGGUGUACAUCUACGACAGUCUGCCGGAUCUCACGGGCGCCACGCAACAGAAUCAACUGCUGGCUGUCGUCUGUGCUCCGUACAGCUCGGCGCGCAUCAUCGAGGCACGCUCCAGCCAUGUGACGGUGCACUACAAACAGGCCGGCGAUCAUCGACACUUUGGCUUCAAUGCUUUGUAUUCGGUGAAGAAUUGCGUGGCUGGCAGCUGCCUGCCGCCGCACAUAUGCGACGCACAGAUGCGCUGCGUCUGCCCCGCUGGCUAUGUGGGCGCUCGCUGCGAGAUUGAGGUGUGUCCCAGCAAUUGCAAUGCCAAGCGUGGCCAGGGCUACUGCGACAUGGAGUACGGACGCUGCAUUUGCAGCAAUGUCAACUAUGCGGGCGCAGACUGCUCCACGCUGGUGCAGCCGCAUCAUCUGGUGCUCACGGAGCUCUUCAACACUCAGCUGCUGAGCGAGAGCCAGGAGCAUUUGCGCAAGACAAUUCCACGUUUUGGGCACUCGGUGAACGCCGAUCGUCGCGGUUCCCUGUGGAUGUUUGGCGGCUACUCGCCCAAUCAUGGACCACUCAAUGAUUUCCGACAAUUUGACAUCAAGAAUGGCACUUGGCUGCAGGUCACCGUGGAGUCAUCCACACCAGAGGACAGCAUGCCACUGGGACGCUACUUUCAUGCCUCCGAGAUCUAUGUGAAGCGGCAGAUCAUCUACAUCUAUGGCGGCAUUGGUGUGAACACGCGUCUGCUGGAUGACUUUUGGAUGUUUUCCAUACAGAAUCAACGCUGGAGUCAAAUCAAAGUGGAGUUGGACACAAAGGAGCUGGAAGCGGCCGAGCUGCCGCCACGUUUGGCCGGCCACACCCUGACCCAUGUGCGCUAUCAGGAGCACGAAUCGCUGCUGCUCGUGGGCGGUCUUACCCUAAACAAGUCGCGUCCGCUGGAGCUGUGGGAGUACAGUCUGGACACUGGACGCUGGCAGAAGCUGGAGGCGCUGGGCGCACGCAUGCCGGUGCUGUACGGCCACAGUGCGGUCUACCACGCAGAGACACAGAGUCUCUAUCUCUUUGGCGGCUAUGCCUCACAGCCGCAGAGCAAUCUCUAUGCAUUGGAUCUACAGAAACUCAGCUGGACAGAGCUGCCCAGCUUCAAGGAGCUCAAUGCACCGGCCACGAACCUGCCCAGAGCACGCUACUUCCAUUCUGCGGUGAGCACGGAGCACUACAUGAUUGUUUAUGGUGGCCGGACGAUACCCUACAAUGCCACAGAUGUGCUCAUUGCUUACGUUUACUCCUGCAAUCAGUGGGUGCGACUGACCGAGGAUGUGGAGCUGAUUGGACGCGUGCCUGCGUCCAAUUAUGCGGAGGAUAUGGCCAUAGAUCCCGACACGGGCGUCAUCUUUGUCAUUGGCGGCUGGGAUGGCAGCGCCACGCACAGCCACGUCACGCGCAUCGCGCUGCCCGAUGACAUUUGCCAGCUGUGGAGCAGCGGCAAGUACUUAUGCCGCCACUACAUGGGCUGCAGCUACUGCACGGUGCAGAACACGUACAGCUUCAGCAGCCACUGCUUCAGCCAGGGCCGCACACCCUGCGCCAAUCACAACGGCACGCUGGUGGUCAACAAUGGUGCCGCCUGCACGGAUGCCUGGAUGGCCAGUCGCAACUGCUCGAGCUUUGGCAGCUGCAGCGCCUGUCUGGCUGCCUGGCCUACGCAUCACGAGGCGACGCCUGUGUGCCAGUGGUGCGAUCAGUGCGGCAUUCAGGGCAGAUGCGUGCCCGCUGGCGUCGAUUGCUGGCGCAGUGCCUGGUGUGGCAAUGACCAGAGUGUCGCCGUGCUGGGUCUGUGUCCGCUGCCCCAGUGCUAUUGGCUCAAUUGUGAGUCCUGCCUGCUGCAGCCGCAGUGCCAGUGGGCCAGGAACGAGCUGGGCAGCGUCGAGUGCAUAUCCAAGGAGCUGGUGGAGAAGAAUCAAUAUCGCGUCAUCGAUCGCUGUGCGCCGCCCUGCCACAGCCAUGAGAACUGCACCAGUUGCCUGAGCAACACGGAUCAGGACCAAAAGGAUUGCAAGUGGUCCACGAUGCUGGGCCAGUGCCUGUCGCCCAGCGCACAGCCGCUGCUCUGCGCCGGCGGUGUGUGCGGCCUGGUGCUGGAAUCUGCUGAGCUGGAUCGCUGCCCGGAGCCGUGUCACGUGUACCAGCAAUGCUCCAGCUGCCUGGAGCAUGCCCACUGUGGCUGGUGUGCGCGCGAGGGCCGCAACGGUGAUGGCAUCUGCACGGAGGGUGCGCUGGAGAGCAAGCAGGAGCAUCCAUCGGGCUCCACCUGCGACCUCAUCUACUCAACGUGGCGCAAUGACUCGCAUCUGACCCAUGCGGAUGUCGUCUCCUGGCACUACAUCCACUGCCCGGCGGAGAACGAGUGCACCAACGGACACCACAACUGCCAUGCUGUGUCGGAGCAGUGCAUCGAUCUGGACACACCGCUGGGCUACAAGUGCGUCUGUGCGCAGGGCUAUCGCGAGGAGCAGGGCACCUGCCUGCCCGUCUGCACGCAGGGCUGUGUGCGCGGCAAGUGCGUCAGUCCGGACGAGUGCCAGUGCGACUUUGGCUAUGUGGGCGCCAAUUGCAGCAUUCAGUGCCUGUGCAACGGCCAUUCCAACUGCGAGUCGAGCAGCCUGCUGGACAUUUGCCUCAAGUGCCACAACAACACGAUGGGCGAACGCUGCGAGAAGUGCCAGCCGCUGUUUGUGGGCAAUCCGCGCGAGGGUCUGGCCUGCCAGCCCUGCCUGGAGUACUGCCACGGCCACAGUGACGUCUGCGUGGCCUACGACUCGGAUCCGGCUGUGUUCAACAUGUCGCGCAACGAUCUGGAUCGCAUCUUGCUCGAGGGACCCGCGCACAAUGCCACUUGUCUGCGUUGCGGCAAUCACACGGCCGGCGAUCGCUGCGACAGCUGCCUAACGGGCUACUUUCGUGGCAGCGAGGAUCUGCACAAGGAGUGCCGCCCGUGCCAGUGCCAUGGCCAUGGCAGCAUCUGUGAUCCAGUCACCGGCGAGAAGUGCAAUUGUGCGAAUAACACGGAAAGCGAUGCCACCUGCACAGCGGGUGGUGGCAAGAAUUCCGCUCAGCUCUGCUGGAGUGUGCAAUGCUCCAAGUGUCGCGACUCGUACGCCGGCAAUCCCAUCGAUGGACAUCAGUGCUACAAGCAGAUAACAGUCGAGUCACGCAUGUGCUUCGAUGCCAAGCCAAUAGAGGAAUGCAAGUCAAAACCCGCUGCCCUGAAGCCCGGCCAGACGGUGUUCUUUGUCAUCCAGCCACGCUUCAUGAACGUCGACAUACGCAUCAUUAUCGAUGUGACCCAAGGUGAGUUGGAUGUGUUUAUGUCGCCGCAGGACGACUCUUUCAUAGUGGAAACGAACGACACAACGGGCUACCAUGAGAUAUUGCUGGAUAAUCGCUACAAUUGGGGGCCCAAGCAGCAGCGGGAACGUCCCUUGAAUGUCGCCCUGCCCCGGCAUGAUAAUGUCACCAUCCAAAAGCUCUUUACGCCCGAGCGACGCAUCUAUGGCGACAAGGAUGCUGGCGGCAAUGGACUGAAUAUGAACAUGAACAGCUACUAUGUGCCGCAGCUGCACGACUGCAAGAGCCACGGCGGACACAACUUUAUAGUGAAGGAUCAGCAUGCCAAGGAUCUCAGCACACAUGUCACCCUCAAUCAUUGCAACACGCUGCUGCGGCUGUUUGGGCUGAGAAAUCGCUUGGUCCUGACACUGCCACAGCAUGCACACAAUCUGAGUGCCACGCGCUUCUUUAUUGCGCUGCGCGCGAACUCAGGGCCAGAGCCCAGCUAUGGUUCGGUGGUCUUUCGCCAGGAUCAGCUGCACAUCGAUCUGUUUGUGUUCUUCUCCGUGUUCUUCUCGUGCUUUUUCCUCUUCCUCGCCGUCUGUGUGAUUGUGUGGAAGGUGAAGCAAACGGCGGAUCUGAGACGCGCCAGGCGGCAGCAUGUCGUCGAGAUGCUGCACCUGGCCAAGCGCCCAUUUGCGCAGAUCUUUUUGGCCUCCAACAGCUUGGACAUGGAGAGUCCGCGUGCGUCCACCUCCACGCGUGCCAUGCGCCAGCGGGCACGUCAAGCGUUGCUGCUGCAGGAGCAGGCGUCCACGGGUGAUCCCAUACCGCCAAGGCUACACACGCGCCACCGCCAUGCCAGGGACAUCAUGAUGGUGGCCAUUGAGCCCACAGCCGAUAAUCAGGCCGCUGUGGGCACCGUCUUUGUCAGCCUACCCGGUCGAUCCAGAGCACCGCUGAGCAUUGCUCUGGGCUCCACGCUGAUCACCUACUCGCGGCAAUAUCCACUCAAUGCACGGCAAUUUAUGCGUGCCCAGCGGGCGGCACACCAUGUGGCCCACCAUCCGGCAUAGGCUGCUGGAAAUUUGGAAUCUCUUCGUUUAGCAUGAACAAAAAAUAUUUAGUUGUAUAAGCCACGAAACUAGUGAAAUAUUUGUGUGUGUGUCCGUCUGCAGCAGGAUAAGUAUAUCUGGAUAUAUGCCAAGCUUAGGUAAAUAAUUGUACAUAACGUUUAGAUAACGCAAAAUAAUGAAUAUUCCUAUGUACAUACUCGGGUACAUGCAAAAUGUACGAACAAAGAACAGCAGUGCGCAGUGGAAAAGCAAAAACAACAUACAUGUCGUGUGCAUGAAUAGUGCAAAAUACCGUGAAAUGGUAGAAAGUGUUGGCCUACCCACUCGCUGCUAUAAAAGUUGUGAAAAAAUGCACACAAAAAUCUAAAACUUAAUCUAUAAAUUAAUAUACGAAUAUAUCUACAUACAUUGAAUGAUAAACAUACAGGAAAAUGGAUAAAUACUAGAUAAAGUAAGCAACAAAAUUGGGUCUCGACUAAUUACAAAAAAAAAACAUUCACAGAACAAAACAAAAUUAAUUAUUUCGACUGAUUUUAAAAGGAAAAUGUAUUCACGUGUUGGUAUUGUUUGAAUUUUUAAACAUAAUCUCUCAUAUAUAUGUGUGUAUUUUAAACGGUAAUAAUUGUGAAUUUAAACCAGUGUUAAAAAUAACAAAAUGGAAAACGGAAAUGCAAACCAAGUGAAAACAACUCGCCAGGCAAUAUGGAAUUUGAUAUUGUACCUAUCUGAUAUAUCUAUAAAUGUAUAUGUGUGUGCAUGUCAAUUUGUUAGCCAGAAAGCCAUACGAAAAGAAAGAAAAUCAUGAUAUACGUAUUAUAUAUGCUGUACUGUACUAAUAGUUUACUGAAUGUGUCAUAGCAUUAGGCAGACGAAACGAUUUAAAUGUUUGUUUAUGUCCUAAGUGCAGUGUCUGUCAUAUGAUUUAUGAUUUUACCUAAGUAUUUAAGUGUAUUUUUUGUAUAAAGUAUUAUAAUAAUUCCUUAUCUGUUGGUGGUUUUUAGCUAAGCAAUUUGCUCAAUUAGUUAGUUAGCUCUUUACCUUUCUCUCUCUAUGGAAAUGCGCACUCGUCACGCACCUAUGUACCUAUUAUAUUUUAAGAAGAAGCCACAACUAUAUUUAUGUAACCCAAUCACACACAAACACACACACUUGUUAUGUUUACACACAACACACGGCACACACAAAAUGCGAACAAAUCAUGGAAUUACGCAAAGAGAUGGAUAAUCUUUUGCAUCACAUCACAUCGCAGACGAACAAAUUUUCAAACUGAAUCUUUCCUAAUGCGCUCUUUACACUAUGAAAUCUCAGUAACAGUAACCAAAAGGUUGUAACAAA